AUGAGAAAUCCGCUGUGGUUCAUAUUUUGGCUGAUUGUGUUGAUCUUGGUAUCGCUGGUUGUGGCAAUCGUUGGCGCUUUCUUCUACAUUUGGACAUAUUUGUUGGCCCAAUGCUGCGGCUGUUUUCGGAGCGCCGCCGACUUCUUUUUGAAGUGUCUGCAAUUUCCAGGGUAUUGUGCGGCCGCCAUGUUGAGCUGCCAGUCGUUGUGCUAGGCUCAGUAAUCGUUUAUCGAAACACAACAAUUAUCGAUGUAUUUUCUUUUUCUUAGUCGGGCCACGCACUCAACGCCCACAUCACACAUCAAUGCAAGACAAUCAGCGAGCGACCAAUAGAUUAGCCUUUCAGAUAAGUAAAAAUAGGCUUCGCCAAUGUACAAGGCACACAGACAUGUUAACGAUAUCUUAACUUUUUUUUAUAUAUAUAUAUAUAUAUAUGUGCGAGAUAUACACACAUGUAUGGCAUGUGUCAUCCAAUAA